CGCAGGAGAAGCAACUAUUGAAAGUUGAAACAGCCACAGCGGCUCCUCAUUAAGCUUUUGACUCCCUCUGUGUAGCCUGCUCCAUCUGGACACCUUUCGUUGGGCUCUAUGUGAAUGUCGCAUUUGAGAACACAGGCUUUCGUGUCAGAUCCAAAUAUCUCAACACAAGAUGGCGGAGCCUCUGCGACUUCUCUCCUUAGAUGGCGGCGGAGUGCGGGGACUUUCGACGAUCAAAAUCCUCAAGCACAUGAUGACGAUGAUAAGUAACGAACGCGGUCGACAAGUGAAUCCAUGGGAAGUCUUUGACAUGAUGGGGGGGACAAGCACAGGCGGCCUUCUUGCCAUCAUGCUAGGCCGACUUCGUAUGUCUGUAGAUGAAUGCGAAGAGGCAUAUCUCGAUCUGUCGCGCAACAUCUUCAAAUCCAGACGCACAGAAUCGAACAUCUUUGGUCGAGGCUCCGAUUUUCUCCAGGCAAAUGGGAAAUUCAGCACCGAGGAACUGGAAGCCGCCAUCAAAGGAAUAGUCAGAAGUAAGAGCAAUACAGAGGAUACGCUUCUACGAGAAGACUCAGCCCCGCCAUGUCGGGUAUUUGUGUGCGCUGCCACAGCUAGCACAAGCACACACACCAACCUUCGAUCAUACAAGACCCGUUUCCUACCAGAUUUCAACUCUGAAAAAUGCACCAUCUGGGAAGCUUGCCGGGCGACCUCGGCCGCCACGGGAUUUUUCGAGCCCAUCACAAUUGGCUCUUGUGGCCAGAGAUUCAUCGACGGAGCCAUAACGUACAACAACCCAGUUCAACUUGUCUAUAACGAAGCCCAAGAUAUUUUCGGACAGAGUCGGGCUGACAACGCGAUAUUGGUAUCAAUUGGCACAGGACGAGGUCCUCUUAAGCCGUUCCAAGGCAAUCUAAAGAACAUUGUCGAAGCAAUGAAAAAGCUCAUGACAGAUUCGCAGAAGGCCCAUGACGAUUUCUCGAACAGCCACCACAGUAUGGUGGAUAGGAAUCUGUUCUUUCGGUUCAACGUGUAUCCAGGCCUAGAAGACGUUGGUCUGCACGAGUACGCACAAGUGGGCAAGAUUGAAAGCGCAACGGAAGAUUACUUGAAAAACGGCGAUACGCUGCGAGUGUUUAAUAGGUGCAUACGCAUGCUAUUACUUGAGCCACAAGGAUCAACGGUGGAUUUAAGAUCCCCAGAACUAUUCGAUACGACACGCACUCCUUUAACGCCAACUGUACCUGGUUCAAGAGGCGAGCCCGAGUUUCAAGAACACCCCAUACCCUCACUUGAACCGACGAGAACAAUAUCGACGGCUCCAACCAGUGCGGAUGAGCGAGUGGCACACCUGUUGAGGGCGCAAUAUAGCGAUCCAAGCCGUUUUUGUAUGUAGAGGCAUUUUGCUAGCAAGCAUUCUGAUCGGGGCUAACGCU